GAGCCAAAGCGUGUGCAUGCGCAGCUUGCUCACGGCUACGGAUCAUCCCUCGGUUGCUAAGGAGGGCCUGGACAUUCGGGCUUCUGAGCUGGAGGGAAGGGAGGUGAUAAUGAGCCAAGCUAGUAAGCCGUUUAACCCCGAAGAGGUCAGGGUUAUCGUGGCAUCAUUGCAGCAACCUGCAGUGUUUCUUAAUAUGGUUUCUGACUGGCCAGCACUGAAGUGGAAUGUGGAGUAUCUUUCGCAUGUCCUUAAUGGAAAACCAUUGAAGUUCAGGAUUGGAGAGAGGAAUAUGACUAAAGUUCCUCAGUUUGAAACACACUGUGAGUAUGUACAGGCCACACUGCAGGAGUUCUUAGUCUGGCUUCAUGGUGGAUCUGAUGUCUCAGCUGGACUGUUCGCUGCUUUUCCCCGGUCUCGGUAUUGGGCCUAUGCUGACUACAAGUAUAUCGCCAUGACCUUUGAAGAGAAAGCCGAGGUCUUUCAGGAUAUAAUUUGGUCUGACUUUGGGUUCCCGGGGAGAGAUGGACGAGAUAGCACACUGUGGAUUGGCAGCGAAGCAGCAAACACGCCCUGUCACCUUGAUUCUUACGGAUGCAAUCUGGUGUUGCAAGUGCAAGGAAGAAAAAGAUGGCAUCUCUUCCCCCCCGAAGACACCUCCUUCCUGUAUCCCAGUCGAAUUCCUUAUGAAGAGUCCAGCAUAUUCAGCAGUGUAAAUGUGGUCAACCCUGAUUUGGAGCGCUUCCCUCGAUUUCGUGGAGCUAGACCACAUGUUGUGACCUUGCACCCAGGAGAGGUCCUGUUUGUUCCCAAACAUUGGUGGCACUAUGUGGAAUCCUUGGAUCCUGUCACUGUCAGCAUUAACUCCUGGAUUGAACUGUGUUAUUGGAGGGACGUACUGAAAAGGUGCUGUGUAAAUGAUGACGAUGAUGAAGCCAGAGUUGGGGAGGCGUUGACUCGCACUGUCGUAUGUGCUCUGAAGUCUGUGGAUCCUCGCGCUGAUAUUGCCAGCUGGCUGAAUACCACGGAGGCUGCAGUCACUUCGCAUGAAACAAACUUGCACUAUGUCAACCUUGCAGUUCAGGCCUGUUUAGAUAAGCCAAAGAUUUGCUCCGCAAAGGGCAGAAACACAUCAGCUCGGGGCUCUUCUGCCUUUUCUAGGAAAAGGAAAUGUGGUUCAGGUGAAGAAGCAGAGCACUCGGCAGCUACGGACGCUGUGAGGAACCCUGCAGAACCUAUAUCCACCCUUACCCCCAGCAUCCCUUUCGGGCCUAACCUAGUUUCCGUUGCCCGAGAAGCAGCUGCUGUAGCCCAGCACGGAGUACCCAGUGUCCCCAGGGAUGAUAACAUUUCUCUGACAAAUAACCUGGAAGCUAAUUAUUGCUGUGGAAGAAAGGACUGUAAUUCCAAACCUACUGGAGUUCACAGGGCAGUGAUAUCUACCGACGAGUUGCUAAACUGUUUGGUCCACCCCGAUGUGAUCAGCUUAAUGACUGAGAUUCUGCUGGACAGGCAUUGCUCUCAUUAAUUGGAUGAGCUCUUCAGUGUCCAUUGAUUUUAUUUUUUAAGUGUGGAAAUAAAUCAUCCCUAAAAGGAA